GGAGCAACUUAGCUGAGGGCCCGUUUCUUCGCGUGUUCUGAAACGCGCAGUUUCCGCGAAUCGGUGCUCGACGAAAAAAGUCCGCUGCGAUGUCGUGUGCUUUGCAGUCCGGCGAAAUAACUGGCUGAGCAAAUGAAAAUAGGAGGAAGAUUGGGACAAGUGUUAUCACAAAUGCAGUCAACAUGGAUUCUCAUGUCGGUCUUGACUACAUUGUGGAUAACCCCGAUUACUGUACCAAACUUGCCUCAGCACUAGACACAGCUUGCACGUCCGUGAAGAAACAAGUAGUCGAAUUACUCUCAGCCCUGUGCGUUUACAGUCAAGAUGGACGACAACGUGCCAUUGACACCCUUCACAUUUAUCAGGAGCGUAAAGGCGAACGAUAUCGAUUACGAGUCGUCGUCGAUGAAUUACAGAAAGCAACGGCGGAAGACUAUCAAACGGCGUUGCUGGCAUUCGUCAAUUGUAUAGUCAUUUCCACUCCGGUCCUCAAGGACCGUGUUCGAAUUCGGAAUGAAUUUAUUGGUUUAAAGCUGCUCUCGAUUCUCAACGAUCUUCGAAAAGAGAAGAGUCACGUGCCUGAUCUUAGAGUGCAAUUGGACGUUUUCGAUGACCAACGUGAGACUGAUGAAGAAUUAUCCAAUCAGGGACCACCAGGAAUCGAUCUCUCAUCACACGUCGAUGUUUUUUACGCAAUCCUUGGACAGAUCGCAGACACACCACAGGAAAUACCAUUUCUAAGUAUUCUUCAACAUUUAUUGCGACUCGAUCCUAAGGAAGCUGCAAGCGAUCUUGCUUGGGAUACCGCCGAAACGUUGGUCCAUCGAGCAACACUUUUGGAGAAUAGAGACGAUGCUACUAAACUCCUGAGGUCACCUAGUCUUCAAACAAAUUUGUGUUGCCAUUGUCGAGUGGCUGAUCAGACUUGCAAUACAAAUAGGAAGGCCUCGGUACCAACGAGUCCGCCACCUCCACCUCCUGCACCACCGGUACCAAUUGCACCUCCACCGCCGCCAAGUCCUCCCAUAAGUUUCGUGUUACCUCCCCCACCACCGCCGCCUCUCUUCAUUCCAAUAGCUCCUCCAGAUGUCCCCAUGGAGCCACCUCUUCCACCGCCCCUUCAUGUUCCAACUGUUGCAAGGGCCCCAACUCCUGAACCACCCAGCAAUAAUGCGAAACUUCUGCCCCAACAGGAAAUUCCCACCCCCAAGACGAAAAUGAAGACCAUCAAUUGGAAUAAAAUACCCAAUCACAAGGUCAUUGGAAAACGCAAUAUUUGGUCUUUGGUGGCAAACGAGCAUCAAAAUUCUCCAAUGGCCGAUCUUGAUUGGGCGGAAAUGGAGGGACUUUUUUGUCAACAAGUUCCACCAAUUUUGCCACCCACUACCUGCUCUUCAAAUUUUGGUCCGGGAAUCGAUGCUGAAAGACGUCGUCGUGAACCGACCGAGAUUGCACUUCUUGAUGGAAAAAGAAGCUUAAACGUGAAUAUUUUCCUUAAGCAAUUUAGAAGUUCCAAUGAAGAUAUAAUUCAAUUAAUAAAAGAUGGUGGUCAUGAUGAUAUUGGGGCAGAAAAACUUCGUGGAUUAUUGAAAAUAUUGCCGGAAGUCGAUGAGCUCGAAAUGCUUAAAAGUUUUGACGGCGAUAAGUCGAAACUUGGCAAUGCUGAGAAAUUUUUCCUGCAACUCAUUCAGGUGCCAAACUAUAAAUUACGAAUCGAGUGUAUGUUACUCAAAGAAGAAUUUGCUGCAAAUAUGGGAUACUUGGAACCCAGCAUCAAUUCGAUGAUUCUCGCUGGCGAGGAUCUUAUGACGAAUAAACCUCUUCAAGAAGUACUUUACAUGGUUUUGGUCGCUGGAAAUUUUUUGAAUUCCGGAGGAUAUGCGGGAAAUGCAGCAGGGGUAAAAUUAUCGUCACUACAAAAAUUGACGGAAAUUCGUGCCAAUAAACCAGGAAUGAAUCUCAUUCAUUAUGUCGCUAUGCAAGCUGAGAGAAAGAGAAAGGACUUGCUCAAUUUUGCACGAGGAAUGACAACUUUAGAUUCAGCUACAAAAACCACUGUCGAACAACUUAACAAUGAAUUCAAUUGUCUUGAUACAAAGAUCAAGAAAAUCAAAAGCCAAAUACAGUUGUCUUCAACGGAAGCUGAUAUUCAGGAACAAAUGGCCCAAUUUUUACAGAUGGCAGAACAAGAAAUGGAUCAAUUAAAGAGAGACAUGGAAGAAUUGGAGGGAGUGAGAAAAUCACUCGCUGAAUUCUUUUGCGAGGAUUCAAAUACAUUUAAAAUUGAAGAAUGUUUUCGUGUCUUUCAUCAUUUUUGCCAAAAGUUCAAUCAAGCAAUUGCUGAAAAUGAACGGCGAAAAAUUCAAGAGGAACAAGUACAGGCCAGACGGAAACAGAGAGAAGAACAAUUACUCGCAAAAAAGAGACUCCUUUACAAUCAAGUGGAGACUCCAGGCUCAGAAUCAGAAUAUAAUCUAAUAGAUUAUGGAAUUUUCGACAUUGCGAUGCCGCAAAAAUAUAGUCGCAGUGAUCCCAAGAUCAAAAGACUGCAAAAUGGAGUGGUGACGUCAGACGAAGAUAUUUCUACCACUGGAUCACCGAAUAUAAGAAGAAGAUUGGGUUCUUGUUCCGGUGGUCCAGAUCAGCUAUCUACCAAAGAAGACACCUACUCUCCUGAUAUUACACCAAAUGGUACUCUUCGUCGACGAAGAAGUCGUAUUCCUUGCGAAGAUGAUGAUGGAAAUUUAAUGGACUUUUUAAGAACAACUGGUCAAGAUAAUAACAGGGAAAGAAAAUCUUGGGGUAGUUUGGAUCGAUCUUGGGCUAAGAGAGCAAGGGGUCAACCUCGAAGAGGUGAUCUAUUAAAUGCAGAUUUCUCAGGCGACAGGGAAAGACCAAAUUCACCGUCACCUCUUGUCGAAACUAAACCAUUUUUACAAGAGGAAGAAGCAAAACCCACUGGAAAAGCAUGGAGGCAAAAAAUUGAGGCUUGGCUUUCGGAAAACGAAAAAGAGGAAAGAGCUGGUGAAGAGCUUCAACGAAAAGCAAAACAAUUGCAGGCCAAUCGCAGAUCGUUCGAAGAUUCAGAGAGCGAAGGGAAAAAUUCAUUAGCAAACAUUCCGAAUGAGGAGAAUUUGCAUGAAAGAUACUGUAAAACUGACGUUUAUGAUUGGCGUCCAUCUGUCGAGAAAACGGAUGUCAUGCGAACCAUGGAAGCUAUAGAGGAAGCUCAACCACUUUCUUCACAAAAGGACAAGUCGGCUUGGAGGAAAUCGAGUCUCAACGUUCCAAACAGUAUGGAAGAAACUGAUCCUAGAUAUUCACGAAGGAUUCGAUCACGUUUAAGUACAGAAAAUAUGAUGGGCUCAAGUACUUUACAGGCAAUCAGAGAAGAGGAACGUAAAAAGAAUAACAAAAUACCCGAGAUAAUUAGCACUGAGCCACAAGAUGAAUUAACAAUUUAUCUGCGACAGCCAGUGACAGUUUCUCAAGGACCAGCGAAACGUAGAUUAUCUCAAAUUGGUAAAAAAUGCCACGACGAGGACACGAUCAGUGAUAAAAUUGAAAUUGACUCGGACAAUAUUGAAACACCACCAGCAACGAGAAGAGUCUUCAGUCCACCAAAAGAAGUCAAACCAGUUGAAAAGGAGCCGUGCAAACGAGAAAGAUGCAGUAACUCAAUCCAAGGACGUGAGGCUGUGAAACCAGGCAAUUCUUAUGGGGACCUUGGCUCAGGUAACUUUGACAGAUUUUCAGCGGCCAGACGUACGAGACGUUAUAAGAAAAAUCAGGAUCCCGAUAAACAGGAAGUUGGCCUAAAACUAGAGACAUCAUCACACAAAUUAGAUACAAAAUUGGAUAAUUCGAUGAAAUUCACCAAUAAUUCAAAAGUAGAGAAUUUCGAUCUAAAAAUUGAGGAACCUUUAAAAACAGAAUUGCCCCCAAAGAUUGAUAGUCCCUUGAAAAAGGAGGAACCAAUGAAAAUUGAAACACCAUUGAAAUUGGGUUUAUUGAAGCAGGAUGAGACUAAAUUGGAUAAUUCCAAUUUAACGGAUACACCAAGAAGACCAAGUAGUUUAGCAAUUACAAAGGAUACAAUUGAAAAUGAUGCGAUGCUUCAUGUUUGGCAGGAGAAAUUAAAACGACGCGAUGUCACUCACGAUAUUGAUGUAGCUUUAGCGGAAAUUGCAAAAGCUGAGGAGGAUUUGCAACAAUUGUCAAAAUCAGCGGCACAAAGGAAUUCACGACUUCCGGUUACUCAAUUGGCACCUGUUAUUGCCGUGACAAAUACUGUUUUGAGUCCUGUGAUGCAGGAAUCAAGACUUCGGGAGGCACCACUCAUUCCUAGUGAAAGAGCAAUUCAAAGUCGAGAACGUCGCCGAAGUAUGAUUGAUCCUAGCCAGGUAAAAGAAGCCAGGCGAGUGAUGAGCGAUUCUUCAAGUCAAGUUAUUCCCGAAGUAGUUGGGAAUUUUGACCGACCAGAUUCAUCGAUAUUAAGAGAUGAUUCAUCGCGACAUUUUCUCGACAAGUCUUCGGACUUAAAUUCCGAAUCUGGAAGUCCCUUUAGUGCAGACAAGAAUCGAUCUUCAAAACAAAAUUCCAUGUUCAAGAGUCGAUUUAUUCCAGAUUUAAGUGUCACUUCAAUUCCGGUCAACAAAUCCAGGGACCAAGAAAUGAACGACGAAGGUUUUGAGGAAACUCAAAGUUUAGUGUCCGAGACACUAAGCCAGGAAACAUCCUCGGGAAAUUAUGAAACUGACACUCACGAUUCUACCAGAUGCUCACCAGCUGAUCUUGGAUGCACUACCAAUGGACAAAGAAGAGGAAGUGAAAUUCCCACAUCAGAUUCAAGUCUAAUAAGAAUAAAGCCUUUCGAUCGAAGAAAUUCCUCAAUGAGAUUAAAAACAGAUACGUCGAGUUUUCUUCCAAAGAGAACAGGAAGUUUAAAGAGAGACUUGCCAAGAAAAGUUGAAACAAUUAAACGAUCUGAAGUUCUUUCAUCGAGAAAUCCUCCGAGAGAUGAAGUAGAACGAUCCGGGUCACGAAGUAGUCUACGUAGUUCAAGGAGUUCCCUUAAUAGUGCGACUUCCGUUAAUACCGUAAGGAAUUUGGGAUCAAAUCAUCCUCAUCUAAACAGAUAUACCUCGGCUAUUCGCGCUCUGACGAGUGAUCUUCGAAAGGGAAAUUCUCCAGCAAACGCGAGUUCGAAGGAAGCUGAAAAGCGAAGAAUUGCUCCAAGAACUGGUGUCAGUAGAAUUCCUGCGAGCAGAAGUUCCAGCAGUGGCAGCAGUGUUGGUCCAGCAAUGAGAACUAUCAGAAAAUCUGUUGGUGCAAUUUCUGAAUUACCUAGAGGAUCAACGGGAAAUUUGAGAACCAGAGCAGUCGUCUCAUCCCGAAGUAGUAGCAGUGGAAGUAGCGUUGGUCCACAAACAGCGAGUCGGCAAAAUAUUGAUAAAUUGGGAGGCAGUAAAAGUCGUUUAGUCCAACCAAAACCAAGUCCAAGAAAUCACAGUUUCAUGAGACCCACAACAGCCAGUGUCAAUAAGGGAUCUAUCCCUAAUCUUCCCAAAAGCAUAAAAACCCUCGUUAAAUAAAAGAGAGGGGCCUUUUUAUACCAUCUAAAAAAAACCCAAAUUUUGCCAAUAUUACCGAAAGUAGUUUAAAUAAUUAAGUCAAAAAAAUAUCGAUGUUCGCGAGCAAAAAAAAUAAAUAAAAUAAACCCCUUUAUACUGUAACAAAUAUCGAUCAAUUUGUUAAACUAAUUUCAAUAAAAAUAUAGAAAUACUAAA